AUGGGCUCCUACGAAGAUGCCAAAGCUGCUGCAGAUUACAUCAAGUCGAAGGUGUCACUGACACCACAAAUUGGCAUCAUCUGUGGUUCUGGACUGGGCAAGCUGGCCGAAAUUGUCUCCGAACCGGUCAUCGUCAAGUACUCCGAGAUCAACCAGUUCCCCAUCAGCACCGUCGCGGGACAUGCUGGCAAUCUCGUAUUCGGUAAACUCGCUGGCAAAAGUGUCGUUGUCAUGCAGGGUCGAUGCCAUCCCUACGAGGGCUACACAAUGAGUCAGGUCAUUCUUCCCGUGAGAGUGAUGAAACUGCUCGGUGUGGAAACCCUCAUUGUCACCAAUGCAGCAGGUGGCUUGAAUCCCAAUUACAAUGCAGGUGACUUGAUGAUCAUCAAGGACCACAUCAACAUGCUCGGAAUGACAGGAUUGAAUCCUCUGGUUGGACCCAAUGAUGACAGAAGCGAUGAAGAACUCUCUGAAGAGUGCUUUUUCCUAGAUGCUGAUGAGUUGUGCUGGAGUAUCACAGCAUUCUAUCAACUCGAUAUCCAGGGUCACUUCUUCCUCUACGGAUUCUGA